AUGUCCAAGCCACAACCCAUCGCAGCAGCCAACUGGAAGUGCAACGGCUCCCAACAGUCUUUGUCGGAGCUUAUUGAUCUGUUUAACUCCACAAGCAUCAACCACGACGUGCAAUGCGUAGUGGCCUCCACCUUUGUUCACCUUGCCAUGACGAAGGAGCGUCUUUCACACCCCAAAUUUGUGAUUGCGGCGCAGAACGCCAUUGCAAAGAGCGGUGCCUUCACCGGCGAAGUCUCCCUGCCCAUCCUCAAAGAUUUCGGUGUCAACUGGAUUGUUCUGGGUCACUCCGAGCGCCGCGCAUACUAUGGUGAGACAAACGAGAUUGUUGCGGACAAGGUUGCCGCCGCCGUUGCUGCUGGUUUCAUGGUUAUUGCUUGCAUCGGCGAAACGCUGCAGGAGCGUGAAUCAGGUCGCACCGCUGUUGUUGUGCUCACACAGAUCGCUGCUAUUGCUAAGAAACUGAAGAAGGCUGACUGGGCCAAAGUUGUCAUCGCCUACGAACCCGUUUGGGCCAUUGGUACCGGCAAGGUGGCGACACCACAGCAAGCGCAGGAAGCCCACGCACUCAUCCGCAGCUGGGUGAGCAGCAAGAUUGGAGCAGAUGUCGCGGGAGAGCUCCGCAUUCUUUACGGCGGUUCUGUUAAUGGAAAGAAUGCGCGCACUCUUUACCAACAGCGAGACGUCAACGGCUUCCUUGUUGGUGGUGCCUCACUGAAGCCAGAAUUUGUGGACAUCAUCAAAGCCACUCAGUGA